AAAAGUCUGUCGUAGUACGAGACUCUUUGCAUGUGAGGAUCUGCACGUAGCAUCCAGACUCCUAGAAAUCCAGCCCUUACCACCAGAUGGCCAGGAGCACCCCGCAUACGAACCAUCAGACUCAGUGUUCAUCUUCUCACCACUGACUGCAUCGGGUCUCUGGCUUCAGGGGGAGACACGACGACAAGGGACAACAUUUCUGCUCCAGGAUGCUCUCAUUAAGGAUGGAGCUGCCAUGUUGGUGUUUAUUACUGCUGAGCUGCCUACAGUCGCUCUCAGCCCACGAUGACUUCUUCACCUCCAUAGGUCAGAUGACAGAUCUGUUAUACACAGAGAAAGACCUUGUCAUCGCUCUGAAGGACUACAUCAAAGCAGAGGAGAACAAGCUUGAGCGGGUCAAACUGUGGGCUGAUAAGUUGGAAUCAUUGUCAGCCACAGCCAUUCAGGACCCUGAGGGCUUCUUGGGGCACCCUGUCAAUGCCUUCAAACUAAUGAAGAGGCUAAACACAGAGUGGGGGGAUCUGGAGAGCCUUGUGCUCAGUGACACCACUGAUGGAUUUAUUUCCAACUUGACAAUCCAGAGGCAGUACUUCCCCACAAAUGAGGACCAGACUGGGGCUGCUAAAGCUCUCCUCCGGUUACAAGACACUUACAGACUGGAUGCCAACACAAUUUCUACAGGAGACCUACCUGGAGUGAAACACAAGAGCCAUAUGACAGUGGAGGACUGUUACGAGCUGGGUAAAAUCGCCUACUCUGAUGUGGAUUACUACCACACAGAGCUGUGGAUGGCCCAGGCCCUGAAGCAGCUUGACGAGGGAGAGGAGUCAACAGUGGACAAGGUGACACUGCUCGACUACCUCAGCUACUCCAUCUACCAGCAGGGGGAGAUAAAGAGAGCACUUGAGUUUACCAAGAAGCUGCUUGAGCUGGACCCAGAGCACCAGCGUGCCAACGGCAACCUGAAGUACUUUGAGUUUCAGUUGGAGAAGCAGAAAAAGGCUGAAGAGGAGUUGGCUAAAAAACAGAAGGAUCCAGGGAACAAGGAAAUUACAAAAAAGACAGAAAAGCCCAAAAAGAAGGUCUCCAAUAAGCUGAUCCCAGAGAGGAAGAAGUACGAGAUGCUUUGUCGUGGUGAGGGCAACAGAAUGACUCCCCGCAGGCAGAGUCGACUUUUCUGUCGUUACUAUGACAACAAUCACAACCCCAAGUAUGUGCUGGCACCUGCCAAACAGCAAGACGAGUGGGAUCGCCCCUAUAUCGUCCGCUACCUUGACAUCCUCUCUGACGAAGAAAUCGAGAGGAUCAAGCAACUGGCAAAGCCACGAUUAAGGCGAGCCACGGUGCAUGACCCCCAAACUGGGAAACUUACAACGGCCCAAUACAGAGUCUCCAAGAGUGCUUGGCUCACUGGCUAUGAAGAUCCAAUGAUUGACAAGAUCAACCAGAGAAUUGAAGAUCUCACAGGGCUGGAAAUGGACACAGCAGAAGAGCUGCAGGUUGCAAAUUAUGGCGUUGGAGGCCAAUACGAGCCUCACUUUGACUUUGGAAGGAAAGAUGAACCAGAUGCCUUUAAAGAGCUGGGCACUGGAAACCGCAUAGCCACAUGGCUCUUUUAUAUGAGUGAUGUAUCAGCUGGCGGAGCCACAGUAUUCCCAGAUGUUGGGGCAGCAGUGUGGCCACAAAAGGGUACUGCAGUGUUCUGGUACAAUUUGUUCGCCAGUGGGGAGGGAGACUACAGCACCCGGCAUGCAGCGUGUCCAGUGUUGGUUGGCAACAAGUGGGUAUCAAACAAAUGGAUCCAUGAACGAGGCCAGGAAUGGCGGCGACCUUGUGGCAUAAAUGAAACUGACUGAUGGGAAAUAGGAAGCCUGUUCAUCAACUUCCCCGCUCCCCUCUCACCUUCCUUGUGAACCACCCAGGACCACAGAGCACUGCUGCACACAGAUGAUGGAUACAGACACACGGGGUUCAAAUGGCUCUCUCCCACUCCACAAAGUGGUGCUGUGUUUCCCUUCGGCUGUUACACUCAAAGACCACAUAUCGUUAUGGUUGAUGAUAAGCCCCUGGACAGUAUUAGCAUUGCUGUGACAUAUAAGGUGUUUUUUUUUUUUUAGUUUGUUGGAUGGUUUCGAGAUACACUCAGUGUGUCCCAUGUAAAGUCAUGUGUCCUUUUUGCACUCUGUAUGAACUCCAGCUCUGUGGUGACGUUAUCCCUCAGUAUUGUCUGUAGGGACCAGCCUCCUCCCUGUCUGUUUACCUUAAAGGUACAGUUUCCAUUUUUAAGGGGCCUCUUCAUUACUACAACAGAGCACAUUGGCUUGUUGAAUUUGAGAACGUGUAAGGAUUUUGUUUCUUCACAUUUCAGAUCGUAGCUUAUUAAUAAUAUUCACCAACUUCAAAACAAAUUCAACUGUCCUAUUUUCUAAAGGGCCUUUUUUUCUUAUAUCUUUACACAAGGUUUAGGUCCGUUUUUUUUUUUUUUUUUUCUUUCUGUCUUUUCAUGAGGUAUUCUUCUGUUUUAAAAAGUAACUUAAAUUCAAAAACAAAAGUGGUGCUCUGUGGAAAGAAUGAAAAGGCUCACAGCACAUGAAUUGGCACGUCUCCCAAAAAGAAAUGAAGCAUUCUCCCACAGUCCAGGAAAGUGUCUGUCACUUUUAGACCUGUAAAUUACUGAUGCAUUGCUAAGUCUUCCUGUGACUAGCACAUAUUCAUAAAUCACUUUCCUUAUUUCUCAGCCCUGAUGCCAGAGUGUUAUUUAAACUUAAAACGUUUUGCAAUGACAUUUUGCAAAACAUUUUUAUCCUUUAAUCAAGCAAAGUACACAAAUGCAUGGGCACACAUACACCUUGACACAGACACCAGCACAUAAAUCAAAUCUGUUUUGCAUAGAACUUUUAUGUUUUCUUUCACAGUUUAUAUCCGUUCAUCUUGAUUGUCCAAGUCUUUUUAGAGACUUAAAAUGAAGACACUAAAUAUUUUAAGCAAGAAGAGCAACUAAGGAAAAAACAGUACAUGGACAUUAAGUAUUUGAGGGGUGAUGGGACACACAUCACAUUGUACCCUUUUUUAGAAGAAAAAGAUUGAGGUGGGAUAUGUGGGGUGGCUAGUGUUUUUCAGUCAAAGAAUAUAUGGGUUUUCCAAGGAAGACAUGUUUUAUUUAUAUGUCCCAAGCAAACUGUGUUGUUUUAUGAAUGAAAGUCUGAAAUUGUGUUUUGUUUUUUUACAAUAAAGGCUUUUUUAUU